GAAGGAAGCAAUUGAAGAAGAAGAAGAUAACCAAUCUCAAGUUUCUGAAGGCAAAAUAACUAUGGAUCAAGCUAUGGAAUCGAUUGAAAGGCUCCAAUUUUUUCUAAUGCAAGAAGAAAGAGGAGUGAGAAUUAAAGAAAGAAAUUUUUAUGUCAAUGGCUCAAACAGAAAUUGA